AUGUGGCGCCUCGGGGUGAAGAAGUUUUCUGCGGCGCUCAAUGCGCGGAUUAAAAAGUGCAGCAAUUGUCUGUGUACAAAGGAGGCUUACAAGGCAUUCGUCAGUGAGCUUGAGAACAAUGCUGGUUUCGCUCAAGACGCGGUAUGUCCAUAUACUGACACUUCUAUUAAUUGAAUGGAUUAUAGAUUAAACGUCUGGCGAUUACUGACGGGCGAAAAGAGAAAGAUUUUGUCAGAAAUCUACUAACCACUCUACUCGGCCACCCCCUAUGCCUCAGUUUCUGCUGCGGCGGAGCAAGACAUAAGCAGGCCUUCUUCGGCAGCCCCCUUUACGGCCUUGUUAUUGGUAGGAUAUUAAUUUUUCUGUUUACUUGAUCAGCUGCAAUUCGUGAAAACGCCACCUUCUCAAAUUGCACCGUAGACACUAUUCGCAAGAGCACAAUUGAUUGGUUCCACGGUGCGCGUGACAGAUACGGUGGCCGAUCAAAGCGUAGUGACAAUACCACGGCAAAUACCACGGUAAAUUAAUUGACUUGAGUCAUUAUAAGCUACUUUCAGCUUCCCGUCAGCUACAAUACAGCCGAAGAAUAUAUGAUACACUCUCCUUCCGAGAACACUGUAAGUGUGCCUUUCUUUCUAUAAAACCUGCAUAUAUUCGAGCCUAUCAACUUCAAACUACUUUACACAGUUAAAUAUACUACUAAAAUGCCAUACUUCAAUAGUAUGUUUUUGACAAUUUAUUAAAAGGACGUUCUGCUUUGUUUUAUUUUAGAUACCCGCUACCGACAUGGACGGAUUACCAAAUAUGUCCCUUGAGGAAGCAUGA